UCUCAAUUUACCUGCAUACAUACAUUAACCGAUAAGAAGAUCUCUAAAUUAGGACGAUGUCCUAAAUUGCCACGAGAGCAACUGACAAUAUCAGUGUAUUCUUACGUUCAUAUUCUAAACGAAGAAUGGCGUUUGCAUACUUCGCAUCACUUAUACUGCUUUUGCUGGCCACCGCAUUAUCAAAUGUCGAAAGCUUCCUUCUGGACAACAACCAAGUGGAACCUUGUCAGUACACCAGCAGUGGCGUCACGUGCACGUCACGUGGUCUUUCUAUGAUCCCUGGGUUCAAAGCAUCUCGUGGACCAUGCGGCUACUCGUUCACAAUUGAUGUCAGCAACAAUGCCAUCACACGUGUUGAGGAUGACGUAUUCGCUAUAUUCCAGAACUGCUCGAAUAUGUCGCUUUCAUUGGCGGACAAUAAUAUUUCCUUUAUUAGCGAUUAUGCGUUUCGAGGACUCGAAGGAAAUAUAGCGCACCUCAACGUAACGGGCAAUGCUCUGGCCACAAUCCCAUAUGGGAUUGGAACAUUGCACAAGUUAAACAGUCUCGACAUUCUAGAUAAUGAAUUGCUCAAAUUGAAUCCUGAUACAAUGUCAAAACUCGGACGCACCUUAAAGGAAUUCUUUAUUGACAUGUCUCACAUGCUGCAUUGGCCAACUGAGUUACAUUUUCUUCGAGAGCUACGGAACCUUCACAUCUCUAAUAUACCAUUUGAACAUUUGGGAUCGUCCGCCUUCCAUGGGCUCAGCAAUUUAUGGCAACUGACAAUUGAUCACUCGCAAUUACGCAAAAUGUCUUCUGCGUUUUGUGAAUUCAAAAACUUAGACACAUUGAUUUUGACCCACAACUACAAUUUCAACUACAGCGCAUCAAGUCUAUUUGAAAACUGUAAUGGUUACGCUUUAAAUCUACGAUUUCUGAUAUUCAGAGAAAAUGAUGUUGACUUUAUUCCAAACACAAUCCACAUGUUGAAUGUACGCAAUGUGAUGGAUCUUCAAAACAAUAGCAUGCAAUAUAUAGAUAUAGGUAACUGGCACCAUGAAAACAAAACGCAGAUUUUGGCUCUCCAACGCAACCGUUUCACUCGUAUUCCUACUGGACUUUUUGUGUUUGAGAAAUUGAGAGAUUUGAGACUAAGUAACAAUAAAAUAUCGUAUAUUUAUGACAGUGAUUUGGAGGGUAUGUCCCACUUGCAAAGACUUUUACUAGAUGGAAAUCCCAUUCGCUUUAUCACAAGACACGCCUUUAAAGAUUGCACACAAUUAUCGUUUGUCAAUUUAGAUGGCACUCUCCUGACCGAAAUAUCGGAGGCGAUUACAACCCUGCCAAUGUUGGAUUGGCUUGAUUUGAAUGGCUCCAACAUUGAAUGUACGUGUGACAUGGUACAUACACAAAGCUGGAAUAUCUCCAACAUUGACUUCAACUUGUCGAAAUGCUACCGAACGGAUGAAUUGAUUGAAGAGUUUAUUAAAACUUACAUCGACCAAGGUCGUUGUUGAUAAACGAUGUCUUGUUGAAUGUGUUGUGCACGUUGCUCGACUUCCCUAAAUGAAUAUAACAACAAUAAGAAGCACACGAGUUAGUUAUUGAAAACUAUGUUGAUGUUGCUUUUUUUUAAUGAAAUAUUAUCAGCAUAUAAAUCAUUACUUUAUAUUUUGAUGUGUAUAUUCGGAACAGUUAUUGUAUCGAUUAAAUAUUACAGUAUU